AUGGUGAAGGUGGAGGGUCUCAUGCACCUCUGCUUCCUGAUCUUCGUCACAGUCAGCUGGCUGGGAGCGUGUCCUGCGUGUGGGGCGUGUCCUCGUCCCUGCACCUGUUACCUACCCACCGAGGUGCACUGCACAUUCCGCUACCUGACCUCGAUCCCCGACGGCUUCCCGCCCCACGUGGAGCGUGUCAACCUAGGGUACAACAGCUUGGUGAGGUUGGCAGAGACAGACUUUUCUGGCCUGAGCCGGUUGGAGAUGCUCCUUUUGCACAGCAAUGGCAUCCACACCAUCCCUGACAAGACCUUCUCGGACCUGGGGGCCCUGCAGGUUCUAAAACUGAGCUAUAACAAAGUCCGCAGGCUUCAGAGAGAUGCUCUCUACGGACUCAGCAACUUGACCCGGCUUCAUCUGGACCACAACGGCCUCGAGUUCAUCAACCCCCAGGCCUUCUACGGGCUCACGGCACUGCGCCUGGUGCAGCUGGAGGGCAACCAGCUCACCCGGCUCCAUGCCGACACCUUCGUCACCCUGCGCUACCUCGAGGUGUUCAGGACAUCGUCCAUUAGGUACCUGCACCUGUCUGAUAACCUCCUGAGCUCCCUGCCCCGAGAGAUGCUCUCCCCCCUGUCCUCCCUGGAGAGCCUCUAUCUCCAUGGCAACCCCUGGACCUGCGAUUGCCAUCUCUCGUGGCUGGCUGGCUGGACCCUGGAGAAGCCAGACGUCAUCAAAUGCAAAAAGGACCGGAAUCCCUCCAAUCCCCCGCAGUGUCCACUUUGCACCAACCCCAGGACAGCGCAAGGCCAGCUGUUAGCCAGAGUCCCCGCGGCGGCUUUUCUGUGCGCCCCGCCCGCUCUGGAGGGGUCCGCGGGGGACAGGAGCCUGAACGCCGGGCCUUGGGGUGCUCCUGAGCCCAUUUCUCCUCAGGACUUCGCGGCCUCUUGGGGCUCCCUUGCUCUGAACUUGACAGACCAGGCUGGAAACGAGGCGGCCGUGGUCUGCCGCGUGGAAAAGCCUGGAAACACCUCCUCCAGGGCGGCGCUGGCCGCAGAAAACAGCUCUGUGGUCCUCGACGUGGCCUUCGCCGUGUCGCUGGCGUGCGACCUCGCUGAGGGUCACCUCCUGGCUGUGUGGCAGAUCCUGGCUCCGUACAGCGACGCCCCGCUGCUGCUGGAGAGAAACCGCGCGCUUCCAGAGGCCCCGGGAGACCCAUACGGGCAGGUGGCGGCGGAGCCCGACGACACCUUCACCGGCGUCCAGGCCACGCUCCGGGCCCAGCCCACCUGGCUCCUGCAAGCCCGCGCGUCUCUGUGGCUCGACCGCGCAGCCACUACGCCCCAGGCCGCGUGGCUCCGAUGGUCCGGCCGGGCGCGCUUCCAAGCCCCGAGCCCCGAGCCCGAGCCGGGCCCCUGGACCCUGAUCCUCAGCGAGAAGCGCGCGCAGCUGGCCAGAACCGUGCUGGCCGGCCGGACCGUGGCUCUGGACUGCCCGGGCCUUGGCCACCCCGCGCCCCGCUUACAGUGGCUGCUGGCUGACGGGAGUCGAGUCGGGGCCCCUCACACCAGCGGGGACGGCCGCGUCCUGGUCCACAGGGACGGGACCCUGGAGAUGCGCGCGGCCGACACCUCGGACACGGGUGCCUACCGCUGCGUCAGCACCGCCGCCCACGACACCGACGUGCUCACGUACUGGGUGACGGUGGUGGAGGCCCCCGGGGACACUGCCCCGCAGGGCCGCCCGCCGCAGGUGGUCUUCCUGGACGAGCCUCUGGACCUCCCGUGCGGGGUCACCACCGGGAGCCCCGACCCCCGCAUCAGCUGGGUCCUGCCCGGAGCCGUGGUGCUGCCCGGGCCUGCCACGGACCGCCACGCCCUGAAUAACGGCACCUUAAGAAUCGCCCGGGUCACUCGCAGAGACCAGGGUAUUUACCGCUGCGUCGCGGCCAAUCCAUUGGGGGUGGACGUGCUGACCUACCGCGUCGCUGUCCGGAUCCAGGGGCCCCGGGAGCCGCUCGUGGAAACCGAGGGCUCUGGACUUGGGACGCCGGACCCCCCGCCGGUGCCGCGCCCCGCUCCUGCUCUGGGGGGCGCAGAGACUGGACGCCCUGUCGGUGGCCAGCGGCGGGGGCGUUUUUGGGAGCAGCGGCGGCAGCGCCUGCCCUCGGUGCGAAGGAUCGACCCCCGCCACUGGGCCGCUCUCCUGGAGAAGGCCAGGCGGAGAGACCAGCCCGGGGCGCCCGGGAGCCCCCCGGGAAAUGCCCCUGUGCGCAAAGCCCAGCGCCUGACCGCGCCCCGGGAGGAGGAGUCCUCUGGACUGGCCCCUCUGGGGGAGGAAGAGGUGGUCCUGGCCACGACUGCCAGCCAGGGCCACCUGGAGGGCCAGACCACGGAAACACUGGCCCUGGAAGAUUUCAGUACUCCAUGGCCCGGGGUCAUAACUCGGACCCCAACAUCUACAGCUGUGGAUGAGAGUCCGGCCACCCCCACAGUUCCCCCAGGUGUGGCCGGCUUGGCCACACCGACCCCCCUGCCCCACUUUGGGGAGACUCAAUCAGGGCCCCAGCCAGACGCAGCAGCCACUGAGGCCAAAGGUCUGGGCUCACCCGAAGUGACAACGCUCACUCCCAACUGGCCUGGGCAGCAAAAGGCAGAGGACAGCAGCUCCCAGGAGACCCCAGCCCGAAAGACCACCCCUGCCCUGGGCCUGCCUGUCAACCCCCGCUCCAGGAAUCUCUUUGAGAGGCCCAAGAUGGUUGGGGGUAGGGCUGCCAGCUACACAGUCCUGGCCCACUCAGACGCCUUCCUGCCGUGCGUGGCUGUGGGGAACCCCCCGCCCACCCUCCGCUGGACCAGAGUCUCUUCAGGUCUUGUGCUGUCCGGACGGAAGGAGGGCAGCAGAUUCCAGGUGCUGGACAAUGGGACCCUGUCCAUCCAGAGCGUGGACAUUCAGGACCGCGGACAGUACCUGUGCUCCGCGUCCAAUGCCUUCGGCUCCGACCACCUCUACGUCACCCUGUCGGUGGUCUCCUACCCGCCCCGGAUGCUGGAAUCUCUGGCUGAGGAGCUCCUGGUACAUUCUGGAAGCACGUUGGCACUGCCGUGCCGGGCGGACGGGAGGCCCCGCCCCAGCAUCGCCUGGACUCUUCCCAACCAGACGGUGGUGGUGCCCGAGUUCUCCGACGGGGCGGGGCGGGCCCAGGUGACACAGGAGGGGUCACUGGUCCUCCGCGAUCUCGGCGUUCCUGAUCAGGGCUUUUACCGCUGCACCGCCAGCAAUGUGGCCGGCCAGGACUGGCUGCAGGUGAAAAUCCAGGUCAUUGCCACCCCACCUGUUAUUCUGGAACCGAAGAGGCAGGUGGUGGCAGGGACCUGGGGUCACAGUCUUCGGCUGCCCUGUACGGCCACCGGAGUCCCCCUGCCCGGCGUGCGCUGGGUCCUCCCUGAUGGCUCAGAGGUGGGCCCACUGCAGCCAGCCCCGCCCAAGCUGCUCCUGUUUGCCAAUGGGACUCUGCAGGUGAGUGACCUGGCCUCGUCCGAGCAAGGCACAUACCGCUGUCUGGCCACCAGCCCUGCAGGCUCUGACGCCCGGCUGGUCCUCGUGACCGUGGAGCCCUUGGGGACCCCGCCCAAGAUCUACGUGGCCUCCCCGACCUGGACGGAGGUGGACUUGGGGGGCAGACUGAGGCUGGACUGCUCGGCCACCGGCCAGCCCCAGCCCCGGAUUCUCUGGCGGCUGCCGUCCAAAGCAGUGGUGGAGGAACAGCACAGGAUGGGCAGCCGAAUCCACGUCUACUCCAACGGGUCGCUGGCCAUCGACGCGGCCGCCGACAAGGACGAGGGCGACUACCUGUGCGUGGCCAGGAACCCUAGCGGGGAGGACCUGGUGUCCAUGCACGUGGGCCUGCGACGCGAGGCGGCGCGGAUCUCCGGGGAGCCGCUGCUCAGCCAGCAGGUGCGGCAGGGUGGGGCCUUCCGCGUGGACUGUCCGGCCUCGGGUGCGCCGCCGCCCGACAUCUCCUGGGUCCUGCCCGACGGCUCGGUGGCGCGCGCCCGGCCGGGGGGCCGCCGCGCCCGCGGGCUCACCCUCUUCGCCAACGGCACCCUGCACCUGAGCGGCGUCGGGGCGGCCGAGCAGGGCGACUACACCUGCCGCGCGCAGAACGCGCUGGGCCGGGACGAGAUGCGGGUGCGCCUGACCGUCGUCCCCGCAGCCCCGCGCAUCCAGCCGGGCGCCGCGCCCGCGCCCCGCGUGCGGACGGGGGACACGGCCGUGCUGGACUGCGAGGUGGCCGGGGAGCCCGCGCCCACGCGCUUCUGGCUGCUGCCCUCGGGGGUGACCGUCGCCGCCUCCCGGGGCCGGUACGCGCUGCACGCCAACGGCUCCCUGGCCGUCAGCCGGGUGACCCCGCGCGACGGGGGCGCCUACGUGUGCGUGGCCCGGAACCCGGGGGGCGGCGACGCCCGGACGUACCAGCUGCACGUCCAGGACGCGGCGGGCCCCGCUCCCGUGCGCAGGGCCACGGCCGGGCGCCACUCGCGCGCGCUGCUGCCCUGCGCGCCCGGCGCCACGUGGCUGUUGCCGGGCGCCGUGGCCCUGCGCGCGCCCUACCACGGCGGCCGCCUCUCGGUGCACGCCAACGGGAGCCUGGAGAUCCGCAACGUGCGGCCGUCGGACGCGGCCGAGUUCGUGUGCGUGGCCCCGGGGCAGCGCGCGCUGGCCGUGCGGCUGGACGUGCUGGAGCCGGCGCGCAGGCCCAGCUUCCGCAGCCCGGCCCACGAGAAGGUGGUGGCUCGCCUGGGCCGGCCCACGGCGCUCCACUGCGCGGCCGACGGGUACCCGCCCCCCGACAUCCUUUGGGUCCUGCCCAACGGCACGCGGCUGCCCGGGGCCGGCCCGGCGGGCAACGCGUCCCUGGUCAUCCCCAGGACGGCCCGGAGCCACGCGGGCCGCUACCGCUGCACCGCCAGGAACGCGGCGGGCUACGUCGAGAAGCUGGUCGUGGUGGAGGUGAGCCAGCGGCCGGUCAUCCUCACGCCCGCGCUGGGCGGCGUGUUCGGGCUCUGGGGCGAGCCCCUCUGGCUGCACUGCGUGUCCGACGGGAGCCCCAAGCCGCGGCUCGCGUGGACGGUCCCCCCGGGCGCCGUGCUGGAGCGGCCCGGGCCGCAGGGGCCCUACGUCCUGCACGAGAACGGCACUCUGGUCAUCCGCGCGGCCGAGGCCCGCGACACUGGGAGCUACGUGUGUCAGGCGCGCAACAGCGCGGGCCGCGCCCACAUCGCGGUGCCCGUGACGGUGGUGGCCUACGCGCCCCGCAUCACCCGCCGGCCGCCCAGGAGCGUGCUGGCCACGACAGGCACUGCGGUCCGGCUGUCCUGCGGGGCACUGGGCGUCCCCCGGCCGCUGAUCACGUGGGAGGGGCCGGCGGGACCCCCGCUGCCCCGGGCCCGGCGGGGCAGCACCUCGGAGCCGGUCACGCAGCCUGGGACCCUGGUCCUCCACGACCCGCAGACGGAGGAUUCGGGGACCUACAAAUGCACUGCCAGGAACUCGCUGGGCAGCGACUCGGCGGUCACCUUCCUGCGGGUCAUCUGA